AUGGCAGCAUCUGGCAUCAAUGAACAUCAUGAAGCAUGUAGAAAACAAAACAUCAUCAACAAAAGGGCUUACCUGGCAAGAAUAUUAAGGGAUAAAAAUCUACGUACGACAAGUUGUGAAAGUCCUCAGAUUCUCGAGAGAAUUGAGGCAUCUUGCAGCUUAUUUGGACAGGAAGAUAAUCUUCAUGCUUGUCAUGUGGGCAAAGCAUAUAGACAACAUGAACGCAAUGAGGUGAGCAAGAUCUUGAAGCAACAGUCCCUGACCUAUUCAGCCAAGCUUAGCCAUCGUUUCAGUUCACUCAACUACUUUCAGCAGUGGUAG